GAACUUGCAUACUUUAGUAAAGCGUUUGGUUAAAAUGAAUGAUAUCAUUCCUUCUGUUAAUAUUCAUACAAAGAGGGUAUAUUGAACGGUUUAGUGGCUUCUUUAGAGCAGAUAUACUUUCAUAACAAAACGAUCAAACGUUAGCCGCUAUCAAGUCAUUGAAGAUUGCAAGGAUAGUAUUCAGUGUUGCUUAUUUGUAUAUCGAGUUAGGAUUGUGCAAUUCUUGUACAUACAUUUUCCCACGUUUUCUUUUGGCAGUCUCAGGUUCUUGUGCACAAAGGAGAAAUGUCAGUAUUUCCAAGAAUCUCCCUGAAGCCUGAAGUAACAGAACAUUUGAGAAGCGUCUUCAUAAACAAAGAGGUGUUGGCAGCUGUGGGUCUCCAGGAAGCUGAGUGCCGUUUCCAGAAGCUGCUCACUUGUUUGUCUCACCCACCUUCGUAUACUUGUGUGCGAGCCAGUACUCACCUGGCUCCUCUAGAGGACAUCAGGCUCAGCCUGGAGGAGGAACUGAAGAAGCAGCAGAAGUGCAGCUCAUCAGGAGAGAAGCUGUCUAUCCAGAUUGCUCAACACCCACAAAUCAAAGAUGUGCUGCUUCUGCCUGUUGAUGGCCCGAGACCAGUGGAGCAGCUAAGCUCCGAGGUGGUAGUGGGAGCUCAGUGCGGCAGCGCUGUACUCAGAGGAGCCCAUGUCUUCGCCCCUGGGAUCAUUGCCAGCCCUAAAUACAUGAAAGCGGGAGACUUGGUGUCCGUCUUCUCCGAUUUAGAGGGAAGGUGCACUCGUGGAGCGACGAGCUUCCAGGGAAACAAAGUGUUUGUGGGGAAUGGCGUGGCAGAGAUGGAUCGGUCGGCCAUCUUCAAUGCAGAGACCCCUGCAAGAGGUGUAGGUGUACGGAUGGUGGAUCCACUUUUCCAGAGUCCCUCCUUCGAUGGAGUUCUGCCCAGUAUGGCGUUCUUACAGAACCUUCCCUCUGUAGUCGUGGGGCACGUCCUCGGUCCCCAACCUGGAGAACGGAUCUUGGAUAUGUGUGCUGCCCCUGGAGGGAAGACCUGCCACAUUGCUGCUCUCAUGGGGGAUAAGGGGGAAGUUGUGGCCUUGGAUCGAAUCCGAAACAAGAUCGACCGCAUUUGUCAGAAUGCACAAACGCUGAGAUUGCAGAGCAUCAAAGCUUACUGCUUCGACAGCACUCAGGCUGUUAGUAUUGAACCAACGGAGGAGUAUAAAGGACCUCCUUUCCCUCCCGAGAGUUUCGACCGGGUUCUGCUGGAUGCUCCCUGCAGUGGCCUGGGUCAGCGGCCCAACAUGGCCAGCACAUGGAGCCUGAAGGAGAUCUGCUCCUAUCCGCCACUGCAGCGCAAGUUGUUUCAGGCCGCAGUGCGGUUGUUGAAGAAAGGUGGCGUUUUGGUCUACAGCACCUGCACUGUGACUCUUGCAGAGAAUGAGGAGCAGGUAGCCUGGGCCCUCAAAACCUUCCCCUGCCUCACUCUGCAGCCACAGGAGCCUCACAUCGGUGCAGAAGGCAUGCCAGGAGCCGGACUGCCACCUGAGCAACUCGGCAUCCUCCAGAGAUUUAGCCCUGAGCUGAGCUGGCACUCGAUAAAUACGACAGCCCCUCUUUCCUGCAGGGCCGACAGGGACACCAUCGGUUUCUUUAUCGCUAAAUUCCAGAAAACCUGACUGGAGAAUGGGUUUCCUUACUUUCAGACGAGCAGGGUCUGAUUCUGUGUGUGCUUAUAUAUAGCCCAUGAAGAAUGGAGGAAGUUGCUCUAGAAUUCAGCUGCUCUCUAAAACUGUGGGCCAUAUUGGGAUAAGCUUUAAAACAGAGAGCAGAAGAGAGGGAGAGAAGCUGAAGGAGCAUUAGCAAAUGCAGCAGCACUAUGGUCGCCAUAACAACGGUGACGACACAGCUGCCAUGGUGACGAUGGAUUCACUAGAUUCAGGAAGUAGCAUUCAGAAAGAGGUCAUAAGAGUUAUUAACAAUUCAUUGAUGCUGUAGACAACCGGGAUAUCUAAUUAGUCCAUCUGCAAAGAGAAGUAACUUUAUGUAUUUUUGUCACAUCGAUCAGUGCACACUGCUUUUUUAUUAAUAUUUAUUAUUAAUCAGUGCAGCCUUCUUUCAGUUUCCAUUAAAAUUGAUUGAGUGCUAAGAAACUGAAAUGUCUUCAAAAAUAUUCCUGUCUGAAAAUAUUUUUAAAAAAUUUAGUUUUUUCCCCUAGUGUCAUUUUAAUAAUUUGUGUUAUUUUAUUGGACAAAGAACUUCUUAAAGUUGCCUCUUUAAUGUGACCCACUCUAAAAUAUGCAACAUUGUGAAAAACCAUCGGUUUCACAGCACUGACACA